CUUGCUUGACGGCGGUGUGGCGGAGGCCCCGCCCGAGGCGGCAGGAACCUGGAGGGAGGCGGAGGAAUAUGUCCGAGAGGGAAGUGCCGACUGCACCGGCGGGAACAGACAUGCCUGUGGCCAAGAAGCAGAAGCUGAGCAGUGACGAGAACAGCAAUCCGGACCUCUCUGGAGACGAGAAUGAUGAUGCUGUCAGUAUAGAAAGUGGUACAAACACGGAACGCCCUGAUACACCUACAAACACAGCAAAUGCACCUGGAAGGAAAAGUUGGGGAAAGGGAAAAUGGAAGUCAAAAAAAUGCAAAUAUUCUUUCAAAUGUGUAAAUAGUCUCAAGGAAGAUCAUAACCAACCAUUAUUUGGAGUUCAAUUUAACUGGCAUAGUAAAGAAGGAGAUCCAUUAGUGUUUGCAACUGUAGGAAGCAACAGGGUUACCCUAUAUGAAUGUCACUCCCAAGGAGAAAUCCGGUUGUUGCAAUCUUAUGUGGAUGCUGAUGCUGAUGAAAACUUUUAUACUUGUGCAUGGACGUACGAUAGCAAUACAAGCCAUCCGCUGCUGGCUGUGGCAGGCUCGAGAGGCAUAAUUAGGAUAAUCAAUCCUAUAACAAUGCAGUGCAUAAAGCACUAUGUUGGUCAUGGAAAUGCUAUCAAUGAACUGAAAUUCCACCCCAGAGAUCCAAAUCUCCUCCUGUCAGUAAGUAAAGAUCAUGCUUUACGAUUAUGGAAUAUCCAAACAGACACUCUCGUGGCAAUAUUUGGAGGAGUAGAAGGGCACAGAGAUGAAGUUCUAAGUGCUGAUUAUGAUCUUUUGGGUGAAAAAAUAAUGUCCUGUGGUAUGGAUCACUCUCUUAAACUUUGGAGGAUUAAUUCAAAGAGAAUGAUGAAUGCAAUCAAGGACUCCUAUGAUUAUAACCCAAAUAAAACCAACAGGCCAUUUAUUUCUCAGAAAAUUCACUUCCCUGACUUUUCUACUAGAGACAUACAUAGGAAUUAUGUUGAUUGUGUGCGAUGGUUAGGAGAUUUGAUACUUUCCAAGAGUGGCCGUGCCCUUUUACAUUCCCACCAGAAAUGUUUGAGAGAUCCAGUUUCUCGGAAGCUUCGCCAGGAUUUGUCUUGCGAAAAUGCCAUUGUAUGCUGGAAACCUGGCAAAAUGGAAGAUGAUAUAGAUAAAAUUAAACCCAGUGAAUCUAAUGUGACUAUUCUUGGGCGAUUUGAUUACAGCCAGUGUGACAUCUGGUACAUGAGAUUUUCUAUGGAUUUCUGGCAAAAGAUGCUUGCAUUGGGCAAUCAGGUUGGCAAACUGUAUGUUUGGGAUUUAGAAGUAGAAGAUCCUCAUAAAGCCAAGUGCACAACACUGACUCAUACUAAAUGUACGACUGCUAUUCGGCAAACCAGUUUUAGCAGGGACAGCAGUAUUCUCAUAGCUGUUUGUGAUGAUGCCAGUAUUUGGCGCUGGGAUCGACUUCGAUAAAUUAACGUUUUUCCUAAUCAGAAUUAGAGUGUUGUCUGUACACAAUUGAAUCUUGUAUCUUGCUAGUAGGGCCACAUAUAGAGCAUUUAGAGUUGUCUUUCAGCAUUCAAUCAGGCUGAGCUGAAUGUAGUGAUGUUUACAUUGUUUACAUUCUUUGUACUGUCUUCCUGCUCAAACUCUACAGCUUUUAAUAAAAUUUAUUUUUAUAAA